CUCCCAUUCAUGGUUUUUUUUAGCGUACCAACGAUCUGCCAUCGGGUAUUCACGACUCGGUUCGUCUCUUUUUCUCGCUCUUCGCGGCGUGGAAAGAGAGUCACGAAAGAAGCCAAGAAAGAAGGCCGAAGAGAGAGAAGCGAAAGAGAUUGGUUUCGUUGCCCUCUCGCCCCUUUGAUCCCCUCCGAUCCGGCGAUCGUCGAUCGCUCCCCCAGUGUUCUUCUUGCUUCCUCAUCCGCCUUUGAUCAUCUCCGAUCCGCCAUCUUUGGUGUUUUUCCCCCCUUUUUCCGGGUCCGAUCUGGUUGGAUCGCUCGCUGAAGAAGAUGAAUCAGAGGUUGAAGCUCCAGCAGCAGCAGCAGGCGCUGAUGCAGCAGGCAAUGCUCCAGCAGCAGCAGCUCUACCACUCCGGGGUCUUAGCCGCUGCCAUGUCUCAGAUGGAGCCUGUUCCAAGUGGAAAUCUUCCCCCUGGUUUUGAUCCAUCUACAUGCCGCAGUGUGUAUGUGGGAAAUAUCCAUCCAAAUGUAACAGAGAGCCUACUGGCUGAAGUUUUUCAAAGUUUUGGUCCACUUGAAGGAUGCAAACUCAUCAGAAAAGAAAAGUCUUCGUUUGGAUUUGUUGAUUACCAUGAUCGGAGGUCAGCAGCUCUUGCUAUCAUGUCACUGCAUGGGCGACAGCUAUAUGGUCAAGCAAUUAAGGUAAAUUGGGCAUACGCUAGUGGUCAAAGGGAAGACACAUCUGGACAUUUCCAUAUUUUUGUUGGAGAUCUAAGUUCGGAGGUCACUGAUGCAACACUUUUUGCUUGUUUCUCAGCAUACAGCAGUUGUUCGGAUGCACGGGUAAUGUGGGAUAACAAAACGGGGCGCUCUAGAGGAUUUGGCUUUGUCUCUUUCCGCGAUCAGCAGGAUGCACAGAAUGCCAUCAAUGAUAUGACUGGUAAAUGGCUUGGAAGUAGACAAAUACGGUGCAACUGGGCAACCAAGACUACUGGUGAAGACAAACAGCAGAGUGACAAUCAGAAUGCUGUUGUAUUGACAGAGGGAAGUAGCAAUCCAGCAGAUGGAGGCCAGGAGAAUUCAAAUGAAAUGGCCCCUGAAAAUAAUCCUGCAUACACAACUGUGUAUGUUGGUAACCUGGCCCAUGAGGUAUCACAAGUUGAGCUUCACCGCCAAUUUCAUAUUUUAGGUGCUGGUGUAAUUGAGGAAGUGCGGAUACAGAGGGAUAAAGGAUUUGGAUUUGUCAGAUAUCGUACACAUGAAGAAGCUGCUUUGGCCAUCCAAAUGGCAAAUGGAAGGAUAAUAUGUGGGAAAUCAAUGAAAUGUUCUUGGGGAACUAAGCCAACUCCCCCAGGGAUGGCUUCCAACCCACUACCUCCUCCUCUGCCACCGUUUCAGCUUCUACCAACACCAGGUCUCCAAGGUUUUACGGCUGCUGAGCUCUUGGCUUAUCAGCGUCAGCUUGCUUUGAGUCAGGUUGCUGCUGGACCAAUGGCUGGUCAACAUGGCCUUGCUGCACAGCCUUCUGCAGGGCUCAUGUCAGGUGGUGGGUCACAGGCAAUGUAUGAUGGUUAUUCCAGUCUUUCAUCUGCUCAGCAGUUAAUGUACUACAAUUAGGGAUGUAUUCAGCAAGAACUGCAUAUCAUGGGCCUUUUAUUUCUAGCGGACAAGGACAUUGUUUCCCUGUUAUUCGAGUGUUUUGUCUAAAUUUGCUGCUACUGUUUGGUUGAGUACAUAGGUUUCUUGUCAGUCCUUGAUCUUUCGUAUUCAAAGAAUAGUUGUGGUUUUGCAUUAUGGAUUAUCUUUGAUAUAUAGCAUAUGAAAUAUAACCUUGUCAUAUUGUAGAUA